UUUAGGUUAAUGUAUAAAUGUACAGAAAAUUUUCAAAUGUAAACAGCUAAUCCCGCUUUAUUAUUGUGUUUUUCGAUAGUUGUUCACAGAAAUAAACUUAAUAAACAUACCAAAAAUGUCCGAAAAAAAUAUAAACCCUUUGGAUAUAAAUGGUCAACAUUUUGAACCGAACUUGUAUCUCGAAAAGCUUUUCAAGGAAAGCACAUUAAAGCAAGUAAUGGACCAAGAAAACGAAAUAAUAAAAGAUACGCAAACGUUACAUUCAGAUAUGCAAACAUUAGUAUACGAAAAUUACAACAAAUUCAUUACAGCCACGGAUACAGUUCGCAAGAUGAAGACCGACUUCAAGAAAAUGGAAACGGAAAUGGACUUAUUGGCGCAAAACAUGGAAUCGAUAACUUCCUUCUCUCAACAAAUCUCCUCCACUUUGCAGGAUACUCGCGAGCAGAUCAGUAAGCUUUCGGGUAUACAUAGUUUGCUGAAAAGGUUGCAGUUCCUCUUUAAAUUGCCUUCCACUUUGAAGUUGAGAAUGGAAGAGAAAAAUUAUAAUCAGGCCGUCGAAGAUUACUUAAUAGCGCAAAAGGUACUCCAACACUACGGUGGCAUGCCAUCCUUUCAAGGUAUCAAGGUGGACUGCGAAACAAUUUUAGUAGAGCUAAAAGAGGAAUUGCGCAAUCAAUUUAACGACGCAAACGCCACCGCAAAACAGCUGGCCAAUUCCGUCGAUCUGCUAUUGCAGUUAGAAGAACCCGCCAAGGAGUUGUGUGCCGAAUUUCUGACGUGCGCCGAAAAACGCCUUAGCGAGCAGCUGGUUAUGCUGAAAGAUCAAAGCGAGCAGAGGGACAUCACAGACUUUGUCGACCUAGGAUGCUCGGGUUUCUUGAGCGAUUUGUGUCUAGUUGUGGCAUCGUUCCACGACAUGUUUAUCAAUCGGAUGAACAUCGAGAAUGUGGAAAACAGUGAAAUUUUUGAAAAUUUUGCGGACAUCGAAUUGAACACGUUUAUUUUAAAUAAAAUGGAGAAGUACUUUGAACUCGUUCAGAGUAAAGUGGAUAUGGAACAAGAAAUUAGUGAUACAACCGUUUUGGUGAAGGCUCUAGAUCGUUUCUACCGAAGGCUGCAAGCGAUGAAUACACUUUGUCGGGAUACAGAUUUUGCAAAGACUGGUAUAGAGAUAGUGAUUAAUGCAGGUAGAAAACAGUGCAAGACUCACCUUCAAGUUUUAAAAAUGCACUUUGCUGAUUUACUUACCAAAGCUCGUCAAACGCUUACCACCCCCAAAUUAAUAACUCAAGAUGACUCCAAUAUAAAUUUAAAUGAAAUGCUAAUGUCACUUGUUUUAACGGUUGUAGAGAAAGUGAAAGGAGUUUUGCAAGACUUAGUUGUUUUUAUAGAAAAUGAUGUAAAUUUUGCACAGCAAGCUUUAUUCAGAGACAGCUUUUGCGUGGAUAAUGUGAGGGAAGGAUUAAUUGUCUGCUUCCUGCACCAUUUGACUGCCACUGCUCGAGGUCUUUGUUCUAGUAAUGUGUCAGAUGCAAAAAUACCACCAAUAUUGCUGUUGUUGCUAUCUAAAUUUUGUUUAGAUUUUCAAAACGGACACGUACACUAUUUGUUAACGCAAGCAGAUGAGUUAUUCACAAUUAAUCCUAAAGAAUCUGUCGCCCUUACAACCGAGACUGAAAUUAACACCACAAUGCAAGAGUCGGCGCAGGAAUUGUUGAAUUAUUACGUUCGCAUACAGGGAUUAAAUAUAUCGCAGAUGUUACGUAAAAGUGUCGAAACACGAGAUUGGUUACAUACAAUUGAACCCAGAACAGUACGAGCUGUGAUGAAACGUGUCGUAGAAGAUAUGGCUUCCAUUGACUCGACAGUUGCACAGUUAUACGAAGAUCAAGGAGUACCGACAGAGCAUAGCAGCGACUCUAGUCGUAAAACACACAGUAUAUCGGUGUCUCGCCAUCAGUAUAGGUCAAAUUGGUCUGCUUACACUCCUAAUCAAUUGGAUUCGGCUUUAGUUUCCAAUAUACAUAAGCUGUUUAGUGAACGGAUUGAAAUAUUUUCUACGGUGGAAUUCAGUAAGGUGUCCAUACUGACAGGGAUUAUUAAAAUUAGUUUAAAGACAUUCAUGGAGUGUGUACGAUUAAAAACAUUUAGUAAAUAUGGCCUUCAACAAAUUCAAGUUGACACCCAUUAUUUGCAAUUAUACUUGUGGAGGUUUGUUGCGGAUGAAAAUCUUGUACAUUUUCUUUUGGACGAAAUAUUGGGAUCGGCUGUCCAUAGAUGUCUAGAACCAAUACUUAUGGAACCAAGUGUUGUUGAUAUAAUUUGUGAAAGGGGGUAAUUUAGUAUCUACUGCUUAUCAUAAAAUGGUUCAAUAUCGUAGGUGCUAAAUAAUGGAAAUUUGUUGUUCCAUAAUUAAAUAAAAAAAUAUAUACAUCCAUUAUU